AGCAUUCGACCUCUGGUGUGUACGCAGCGUUAGAAAGGAAAGAUGACUGAACAGAGAUGUGAUUGUUCCGCUUUCGAGAACACUCGGCUCUCCUUAACGAGUUAGCGGGCUCUUCAGCAUGUACUCAGGGGAAAAGACGGUCAGGACCUCGGUGGGUUUCUCCAGACAGACGUUACAUGCCGCCGAAAGCCUCACCGACCAGUGUUAGCGGUCUCUAGUGUUAGCGGUCUCACAUCUCCGGUGUAUUAGCUCCUCUGUGCUUACUGACAACCAGCGCGUUUACCAGAGAAGUUGGCAGAAGGUGUGAAGCAGCCGUUUAGACAGCGGUGACAGCCACGUCAGCUAGCGUUAGCUUCAACCAUAGGCUUCAACAUAGGCUUUAACCAUAGGCUUUAACCAUAGGGUUCAACUAUAGGGUUUAACCAUAGGGUUUAACAUAGGCUUUAACCAUAGGGUUUAACCAUAGGGUUUAACAUAGGCUUUAACCAUAGGGUUCAACCAUAGGGUUUAACAUAGGCUUUAACCAUAGGGUUUAACCAUAGGGUUUAACAUAGGCUUUAACCAUAGGGUUUAACCAUAGGGUUUAACCAUAGGCUUCAACAUAGGCUUUAACCAUAGGCUUUAACCAUAGGGUUCAACCAUAGGGUUCAACCAUAGGCUUCAACAUAGGCUUUAACCAUAGGGUUUAACCAUAGGGUUCAACCAUAGGCUUCAACAUAGGCUUUAACCAUAGGGUUUAACCAUAGGGUUCAACCAUAGGCUUCAACAUAGGCUUUAACCAUAGGGUUUAACCAUAGGGUUCAACCAUAGGCUUCAACUAUAGGCUUCAACAUAGGCUUUAACCAUAGGGUUCAACCAUAGGCUUCAACUAUAGGCUUCAACAUAGGCUUUAACCAUAGGGUUUAACAUAGGCUUUAACCAUAGGCUUUAACCAUAGGGUUUAACAUAGGCUUCAACCAUAGGCUUCAACUAUAGGCUUUAACCAUAGGCUUCAACCAUAGGCUUCAACACAGGCUUUAACCUGGGACGGUAAAUGGCGGCUCCGUUAUACUGACACUAGUCUUUUUAUCGCUUUGCUCUGUUUUCUUACAAUCAUCCAAAACGUAAACAUGGCUCCAAUGGGCAUCCGUCUGUCUCCGCUCGGUGUGGCGGUCUUCUGCCUGCUGGGAGUGGGUGUGAUCUACCAUCUGUACUCAGAAGUCAUCUCCAGCCGCCUGGCUGCCUUCAGGACGGACUCUGCUCUCAUUUUAAGACAGAAGAAGACAGUGGAUCUGAGGGACCUGCUUGCUGUGUCAGUGGAGGCUGCAGUAUUAGGAGGCAAAGAGGUGAAGACUGUGCGCAAUGAAAACAACCUGAAGGAGAAGUCAAAGGGCAAGACGAGGGAGGGAGCCAGUGAGCCUCUGACCCUGGGAGAUCUGCAGUCACACAGGAAAAUGUUUAACCUCAUAAAGAACACCUACCCUGGAGUCACGGUAAACAGUGAGGAGCAUGACAGUGUGCUCGAUAAGGUCGCCUGGAGCGGUGACAUUCCAGAGGACAUACUGGACAAGAUCGAAGGCGGCAAGGAAACCCCUGCUGAGAGCAUCACGGUGUGGAUUGACCCUUUGGAUGCUACACAGGAGUAUACAGAGAAUCUGGUGAAAUAUGUGACCACAAUGGUGUGUGUCGCUGUAGAGGGAAAACCAGUGAUUGGGGUGAUACAUCAGCCGUUCACUGGGUUCACAGCAUGGGCGCUUGUUGGUCAGGGGUCGAACGUGCGUCCUCGGUCCUCCUACAGUAUCAACCCUCCGAAGGUGAUCGUAUCACGUUCCCACUCUGGAAAAGUCAAAAGUUACAUCCAGGAUGCUUUUGGAAAUAGCACAACAAUAAUAGAAGCAGGCGGAGCAGGAUAUAAGGUCCUGUCACUUCUGGAGAUGCCUGUGGCUGAAACAGCUUCUACAGACCAGGCAGAUGUUUACAUCCACAUCACCUUCAUUAAGAAGUGGGACAUCUGUGCCGGUGCAGCACUGCUGAGAGCGCUGGGAGGCCAUAUGACAACGCUAAAGGGAGAAGACAUCGACUACAGCAGAACGCCGCUGAACAAAGGAGGACUCGUGGCCAGUGUAGGCGUGGACCACAAGGCUGUACUGGAGAGAUUACCAAACUGGGACCCUGACAAGCACUGAGAAACUCAAACACAGAGCCAUGAAGAGGGGCCAAGCUGUGCUAAAGACUGCGUGGAAGACCUGCAGGGAUCCAAACAAACAAGGAAAGCAUGAUUUCAUUUUCUAGGCUCCACAGUUCAGAGGGAUGUGGGUGACUGUUCCUAGCAGAGGCCACAGAGUGGAACUGUAAGGCUAACAUAACUAAAACGGCUUUAUGGCUCUGAACACAACUCCCAGACAUGUAAACGGACUAGGAGCGAAGAGAAACGGUACAAAAACCACAGUGGUUCACAGAGAACUAGUGCCAGAGUCCCUUCAGAAGACAGAAUGAGUCCACUGUGAAACUAAGCUGAGGAGCACAACGCUGAACAUUACAACAUGGAGCGACAGACCUUCCUGUCUUUACCUCCAUAAAUCCCAUCUUCAUCACGUUCUUCCAGUGGAAAACCAAGUCCAUGGUCCUCUGUGUGCCCGACUCUUGAUGGACACGAUCAGUGAAGUCACCACCUGCCUCACUGACAUAAACAGGCCGUGUGACAUGGUUGCACAUUCUAACCAUCUAGUACUAGCAUCAGUAUAACACCACAGUUUACUCUACAGUCAGUAUGUUUACAUGCACCGUCAUGGUAGUUAUUGUUAUUUCUUGAUUGGGAUGUUUGCCAGAACUACGGUCUUUGAAUGACGUACAAGCACCAGUAGAAAAUAGAUUUAUAAGAAGUAUGUCAGAGCGCUACAUCCUCUUUAUGCUAGCUUCGACUGGACCGUCUUUGUAGAGAGUGUGGUGGAGGGUUAGAAAGGCAGCUUCAGUCAAACGGUGCAAACUUUACAUCUCAGUAAAUGUGUCAGCUGUCUUCAGUUAGGUGGACAACAACACGACCACUGCUAGGCUAAGCGUUGGUGCUGUUUGACUGCCGGGUGAAGCCAGGGUGUAGGCUGCUGAAACGCUCGGUCUAGUCUGGCUGAGAUUGGGUUUAAUGACAGAGUAAACCAGUCUGCUGCUGCAUUAUCCACGUGUGUUAGUUUGAUUUAGCACUGUUUCAGGCAGACUGGAAUGUUUACAUGCAUUUCAAACGUCCAGGCUAACACACCGUUGACUUUUUCUAACUGCAUGUAAAUGUACUGACUGUCUUCAGAUGCUUCUGUGUCCAGGUUCUUUUUUAAAGAGUCAGGACAUGGAGGUUUAGACUGGCUGAACCUUUGACACAUCAGUUAAAAGACUCUAACAUUAUUUACAUACACAAGCCAAAAAUACAAACUCCAUCUCUUGAGGGCUUUUGUGAAUCAGUUCCUCUUCAUUAAGAAGAGCCGUGUGCUCUGACAACCCAAAGGUUUUUAGAGUGAAACACAGCUGUUAUUAAAAAGUCAACCUGCUAAAAUAGUACUAAAAUACUUCAGUAUUCAUUCCAAAUAAACAGUCUAAGGUGGCGAUGUUUAAAGAUUUCCACCUUUUUAACCAAAACUAAAUCAUAAUAUCACCCUGAGAUGCACAAGUGAUUGAGUCUACUGUUCAAUAAUUCAGUCUAUAAUGACUCAUCAGGUUUAUUUGUAUUGAUUUAAUAUUUUUUCUUCAUGCAUAUGAAUUCGGGCCGUCAAACAAUUAUCAUUUUUAAAUGUGAUAAAUCUCCCAGCACUCUACCUAAUCGUGAUUAAUCCCCCCCUAUUGGUCAUUGUGAAACUUCUCAAACUUGUUUCAUUUUGCCUGAAAUCUAUGAUUUAUUUAGGAAGGAAGUUCAGGGACAUGAACUGAACCUGGAGCGGGGACUUUUGACCUGUUCACUGAGCUGAAAUGAGUCAUAGAGCCGUACAUCACAGUGGCACGCUGAAAGGAACUAUAAAGCAUGGGAUUUAAAAACAUGCCUUAAUUAAUUAUUCUAUAUAAAUAUAAUUCUUUAUUAAAAUGAGGUUUGUUUAUUCUGCACUGAAAGCUCUACACUUCCAUAAUUAUCAAUAACCUUCCUAUUAGCCUGGUAGACUGGCAUUUCUGAUACUAAUGUUGUUAAUUCUGUAAAGACUCUGUAAUGGUACGCAGCAGAAAGGACACUGGAAACGUGCAUUUGAAGGAUCCCAGAUCAUAAAUCCGUCCGCUCUUAGAGCAAAGCUGAUAAAGCUCAUGUGAACACAGACGGACUUCCUGCAGUCACAGGCGUCCAGUAUGAGCUGCUGCUUCGUUCCCGUCCUAAAUGUGGCCUGAAUGGACGCAUGUCAGACGCCCAGGCAGAACCUGCUGUCUGUGUAUAAAUCUGUGGUGUCAGCCCGUUCCAAAAUAAGCUAGUAUGCUGAUUCAUGACCACAUGCUUUUGGCACAGUGGAUGUCUUAAACAAACACUCGUUAAUGUGUAGAGAGUAAAUUAUAGAAAUUUGUCGCAUCAAAUCCCUGCUGAGGUGAAAACAUCCAAAUAAAUUAAUGAGGAGAAACACACACGCUGCAGUCUCUGUGGUCAACAGUAAAUGUGACAGCCACAGACGGCGCCCAUGCAGAGGGCAAGGUCAUGUUUGACCCACACAUGGAGACCUAGGCUAGAGAGACAAAAUCAGUUCCAUACAGUUGAUCAAAAGAUGAGUUCAAGUUCUUUAUGAGAUGAUAUCAGAAACAUGUCUUCGAGGAAUUCUUGCAGUAAGACGUUGUGAUGAGGUCACAGCAUUAGUUGGUCUGUUUGACCUUCUAAGGGUUAACUAAGAUCCAAUAACCGAAGGGAAAUUCCAGUCUUUAUCUUCAGGAACAUUUGUUGUCGAUGGUUUAAGCCUGUGGAGGGCAGUCUCUCUGCGUAUUACUAAUGCUGUAGGUAGAGUUUAAAUACUUCAUAUAAAAUGUCAAGAUCCAAACCUGAACCGAUCUAUAAACAGGCCUGUAGCUGUAAAACCGUGUUAGGGGGUUAGUAACUCUUAAAACUGUGGUGUUUUCCUUACUCCUUUGUUUCUAAAAGCUAUACACUCACAUAAUUCAACACCGUAACUCCAAGAGGUGUCCACUGAAAACACAAUCACUGAAAGAUGUGUCUGUGGCUCUUAAUCUCCUUUAACAUGCUGUAAAAAGGUUGGACUGAGUUUAACUCCUCCGUGGAGUCUUUUUCAUAACUGCCAUCUCUCUAUUCCAAACAGCUGGUUGAUUUUAAAGGGCGAAGGUUUGGUGGAACCAGACUUCAGGCUGGAGUCAGCGUGUGGUCCUUCCUCAGCUGAGAUCUCUGUACAGUAUCAACCCCCCCACAUGUACUGACUAAUAAUAAAUGUCUCUCCAGCUGACCAGUCUGGCAUUACAGGAGAACAAGUCUGGGUAUUAGCGGCGUCCCGUCAUCAAGAAUACUGUGGAAGUUUCAAACGCUGCAGUGUUGAGGACAGUCUUCAGUGAAACCUCCCGGAGCUGGACAGCUCUGGGUCCUUCCCUCUUUCUGAUUCAUUUCUGUGAAUGAAUAUUGUGCUGUGCUUUAUCAGAAUCAUCUCUGCUAGAUGGGACCUUCGGUAGCAGUCAUGUUUUGUUGGAGACUGAAUGGCUGAAUGUCUUUAAGUGUACUUGUUCUUGCAUGAUUUUGGCUUUUGAUUGGUCUUUGCUUCUAACAUGUCUCGAUCUACUGAAAAUCUUCCAGGCUCUAUUCCCUCUGUUUCUGCACAAUAGCGCCCGUUUGUCCUUUGAAGCAGACAUUUCCACAGCCAGUAGUCGUGUUGUGUUUGACAACAGUUGGGUUUUUUGUCGAUGUGAAAUCAUGUCAAUGUUUCAAAAAGAAAAAAAAAAUACACCAGCAAAAUGUGAGCUCUUGUCACUGUCAUGAAGAUCCAGUUAUUGUUUUCUGUUGGGUUCAGCUUUUGUGUAACUGGUAACCAUGUAUAGAAAUAAAAACGGGUGGUGUCUGGACGGUACGCUGAUGGAGGAAUCAGAGCACAGCUUGACGUAGAGAAACUACAGGUAUCAGCUUUCAGUCUCACCUGUUGGAUCUCUGUGCUAAAUUUCUGUUUUAUGAUCCGAGUGCCUUUAAUCUGCACAAGACAACUUCUAGUCCUAGGAUGGCAGCGUCUGCCACAGCACUCAGCAGGGUUUUUCUUAUGGUCACACUGAAUGCUAUGCAGGGGUAGAACAGUGAUGUGGGUACUACUGUUUUGUUAUGAGGAUGUUUAAGAGAUAAUAGGAACAGGAGAAAACUGCAAUUUAACACAUCAUUGUCUGUUUGUAGGCCUGGGGAAGUACUAUUGCAUGUGUGAAAAAGUUCUAUAAAGCAUUUGUUUCUCAA